CACACACACACACACACACACACACACACACACACACACACACACACACAGAAAUAAAGUCCUCCCCCUCAUUCUCCGCCAAUCACACCUUCAGUCCUGCAAGGAGACUUCUCUGAUUGGCCCAGUCAGCUGUCAAUCAUGUGUAAAGAAGGCGGGGCCGGGACAGGGGCUGACCUGGAGUCUGAUCCAGUCGCUUUUACGCACAGACCGGACAGUCCGCUUACUAACCACGGAUAACAAGAUUGCGAGUGUAUUGUGGAUAGACGGAGUGGAAGUAGACAGGAGGGAAAUUAGGAAGAGGGAAGAAGAGGAAAAAGUGACAGGAAAACAAUCAGAAAGCACGCACAAGUGUUUUCUCAACUGGGAAGAGAGAUAAGAAGAAAGUGUGUAAGUGUGUGUGAAAGGGAGAGACAGAAGGAGAGAGUGUGUGUUCGCUUUCACCACUCUCCACUUCUUCAAACACCACCACCACCACCACCUACAUGUCGCUCCCCGGCUCCCCUCCGCUCCUCUCGCCGGGCUCGGGCGCCCCAACUCCGGCCGGGCUCUACCGCUCCGUCCCGGACGCGCUCCACACUUCCAUCGCCACCACCGGCACCUCCAGCCCGGGGCACACCAACUCCCACGUUCACUCCCACUCCUUGUCCCCGUCUCCGCGGCUUACCAGCAGCAUGCUCAGCGCCUUCCUGCCCGGACCAGGGGGCGCAGUGGCCGGAUUGGGCAACGGCGGCGCCGCGCCGCUUGUGUCCGGAGGCGGUUCGGCUCUGGGUUCUCUCGGCGGGCUCGGCUCGCUAAACACGGCCGGCUUGACCCCCGGUUCUCCCGGCUUGGCGCAGGCUUCGUCCAGCCCGGGGCUUUGCAGCGAGUGCAAACUGGUGGAGGUGCACGGCGUGAAGGUGGCCAGCUUUAGCGUGGACGGCCAGGAGCUCAUCUGCCUGCCGCAGGUGUUCGACCUCUUCCUGAAGCACCUGGUGGGGGGGCUGCACACCGUCUACACCAAGCUGAAGAGGCUGGACAUCGCGCCCGUUGUGUGCACCGUGGAACAGGUGCGCGUCCUGCGGGGACUCGGCGCAAUCCAGCCCGGCGUGAACCGCUGCAAGCUCAUCUCCAGGAAGGACUUCGAGAUUCUGUACCAGGACUGCACCAGCGCCAGCUCUCGUCCGGGCCGUCCUCCGAAGCGUUGUUCUGGUGCAGGGAUCCAGGAAAGCCCCAGGCUGCUCCACCCGGGCCUCCCCGGCCUGCUGUCCCCCAACCUGCUCUCACACACCGGCCUGACAGCAGCAGCCAUGGCCGAGCUCCAAAAGCUACAGAAGAUGAAGAUGAUGAUGAGUCUCCAAAACGGCAACGAGUCGGAUGACGACUUACACUCCAACACAGGAGGGAGUGAGUGUUCUUGGGAUAAGGAGCGUCUGACCAGCCCCCCUGCUGGAGCCCACAGUGGAGGAGCCGGAGGUGGUGGCGGAGGAGGCGGUGGAGGACCACUAGGAGGAGGAGGAGGAGGAGGAGGAAGGGGGCCGGCCAUUGGAGCUGUCAAUCAACAACAACUCCAGCAGCAGCAGCAACAGCUACUGGCUAACAGGUUGGACCUGCCCUUCAUGAUGAUGCCCCACCCUCUGAUGCCUAUGGGGCUGCCGCCUGCCUCUGUGGCCAUGGCGAUGUCACAGAUGAACCACCUCAACACCAUCGCCAACAUGGCCGCCGCAGCCCAGCAGAUACACACUCAUGUACACCGGGCACCUGUCAUCAAGGAGAGAGUGUGUGACAGUCCCUCUCUCUCUCCAUCUGUUGAUGAGAUCAACACUCCUCUGCAGUCGCAGCCCAGCAGCUCGGCCUCCAGCUCACCCGAAAGACUGGGAUUGGUGUCCGCUGAUGCAGAUGUUGCACUGCCCAACCCUGCUGCACCCAUCAAGAAAAUAACAAAGGACAAAGAAGAGUCUUCGCUGGGACAAGCCCUGCCCCCCGGCUUCCCUGCUCCGUUCCUAUUCGCUGACGGCCUGUCGUCAGUGGAGACCCUGCUCACCAACAUACAGGGUCUGUUGAAGGUGGCUGUGGAGAACGCCCGGGUGCAGGACAAACAGAUCCAGGCGGAGAAGAGAGAGCUGAAGAUGGAGCUCUACAGAGAAAGAGAGAUGAGAGAGAGUCUCGAACGACAACUCACCUCCGAACUACAGAGCAGAGCCUCCAUCCAGAAGCGCCUGAAGAAGGAGAAGAAAGCCAAGAGGAAGCUGCAGGAGGCGCUGGAGUUUGAGUCGAAGAGGAGGGAAAGGGUGGAGGACGCUCUGAAACACUCGUCCUCGUCCUCCCCGUCUCCUGAGCCGCUGCACACCGCGAACACCAACAAGAACGACGCUGCUGUAGCCGAGGAUAAACCUGAACUUAAUGGAAACCAGCAAGACAACGGCGCUGUACAAGACUCCCGGUCGUUUCUGAAGACCCCCAUGAUGUUCUAGACAGGACUGCCUCCAGAAACCCCCACCCCCUUCCCUAGCGUGCCCCCCUCCCUCUCACGCACAGAUAAACUCCACCAGCCCAGAAUCACCACGGCAACAUCGUCCCCGGGAGGCGGGACUCUACGUGCAAACGUUUUGAUGUUGCUUUGAAACAACGGAGACUACUACGAGGACGAAACACCCGCGGUUUGGACUCGCCGGGGUCGUCUCGCUCUCUACUUCUUUCUUCUUUUUAGACAAACUUCACUCCAUUCGUCCCUCUUUUCUCUCCCUGCACCGGGACUGCUCUCAUCCUUCAUACGGUUCGAAAAACUGAAAAAUAAAAAUCAUUCCCGAGCAAAGGCAAGGAAGAAACAGUCACCACGACGCAAACAGACCAGACUGACAUCAAUUUGGUUCGGACAUCACGUGGGAAAAUAACACCAGGGAUGAAUUUGAUUGGAAAACUUUUUAAAUGGUCCAAUCGCGCGAUGUGAUCCACACGAGUGUUUUCUAAUUGGUGCUGACAAGAAUGGGUUUGUAAAAAAAAAAAGAUGGAAGAAUAAAAAGGUUCAAACCCUCUCUGGAUUUUAAGUACCUUCAGUCAACCUCAUUGGCUGGCUGUCAACACCUCCCUGAUUGGACGGUAAUCAGCCAAUCAGAGGCGCUCAGGACUGGAGGAGGAGGGGUUUAGAAAUUAAGUGUAAAAAAAUGAUCGCAAAGGGAUAAAAAAAACAAACUUGGGAGACUAUUUCUGUCUCUCUUGUUCUAUUCAUUUUUGUUUUCUGUACAGGGACUGAAAAGAAUGCAUGGGAAAACUUUUAUUAUGUCAUUUGGCUUAUUUUAUCCUCUGUAGACUCCUUACAUCCAACUCUCUCCUCUUCCCCUCUUUUACUCUUCUUCGCUUCAUUCCUUUUUUCUAUAAAUUAGCUCCUCUUCCUCUUGUAUCUCUUGCUUCUUCCCUUUAUUUUCUCUCUCUCUGUAAGGAGAUAACUCUCAAAGUGUUGGAUGCAGCUUUCCAGUGUAUGAAAUAUUUUCUAUCACCCUUAAUAACCUGUGAAAUCAGUUUCUCAAAUGAUGGAGUGGUUUUUAAACAAUAUUAUAUCCAAAAAAAAAAAAAAAAAAAAAAAGGUACGUUGAAUACUCUUUCCUUGACUUUGGACCUUUUGGCCCCGUUCCCUUGUGACCAGGGAGCAGUAGUCAAGAUUCUGGAGUUUGUCAAAUUAAAGACAAGGAGCGCUUGAUUUGUCUGUUUUUAAACUGUCCUGAUGCAAACUUUAUCAUUUGGAUAUUCCUUUUGUUUUGGGAUUUGGGAACUUAUCCUUGAUGAUCCCCUGUUGAAGUAAAGAGGAGAACUUAAGGUGUGAAAUUAUGCGCUCGUCAUCUACAACAUAGGAAACUACAUUUCCCUGAUUUUCUGACCUAAGAGGGCAGACUGUUGUGUUGCAGUUUUGUUUAUUCCACUGUGUGUUUUAUUUGUUGAUGACUAUUUGAAAUGUGUACGGGAGGGAUGAAGGGGUGGGUGGCGUCGGGGUGGGUCGGGAUUAGGGUUAAAGGGAUAUUCUGUGUAGAUAGAAACAAACCUUCAGCGUUUUCUUGUUUUAUUUCUAUUAUUUUGUUUCUCCUGAUGAUCUCUCAGUCUGUCACUGUUCUCUGGGUUUGAGCUGACUGCAAAUAUACAGUAUUAUAAUGA